UAUUUCUCUAACAAGAAGGAAUCAUUUCAUCAUACAUGCUAACCCCAGUUUAAACAGGAUCCUAUUAAGUAUGUGGGCUAAUAUUGGUGAUUGGCAAUCGAAAAUAUUUGCAUCAUCCAAUGAUCCCACAACAAUGAAAAAUCAGGACAAACAACCCGGUAGCGCAUCAUCUCAUAGGUACUUCCAAGGGCACCCGUGCCAGCUGCCAGCCAGCAAGCUUUCAAAAUACAAUUUCCAAUGCUCCAACUUUAGACUGAAGAUCUUGGACAUAAUUACCGUCGAUAUGGACGAUGUUAGAGCCAGGAAUUUGUUCAGAUCCUACGCUGGUUUGAGUGCAGAGCGCUACCAGCAGUACAUGUACCACCCGUGGUCCCUGCACCCGUACAGCAAACUGCGGCGGUGGAUCGAAAUGGUCUUCCUGCUCAUUAUGCUGUACUCUCACACGCUGCUGGCUGUACAUUUCAGCGAGAAAAAUCCUGUAGAAUGCGAGCACCAUGAUUCCUUAAUGUAUUUCACAGACCUCGUCAAUAUUUUCAAUAUAGUUGUCAAUCUUUUUACGGGCUACAUCGAAGGAUACACGAACCAAAUUGCCAUAUUAGGUUUACCAAAAAUAUUCUUGCACUACGCUCGCACUUGGAUGAUUUUUGACUUGCUAUCUGCUAUAAGUUUUAUUCCGUCGCUAUUUGAUACACGAGAUGUGACAGUGGUCUGCCCACUCGUUGCUAUGAAGAUAUUCAGAAUACCGACUAUGCUUGUUUAUCUGAAUAACAUAUUGACAGCAUACCGCUUUUCAUUUGCAGCUAAAACGGUAUCAGAAGUGAUAAUGAUGGUGUACCUGUAUCUAAUUUGGAACAUGUAUGUUCAAUUCGCUGUCAUUUAUGUCAGCGAAGGUUCAUACCAGCCAGAAAACCCGACGAACUGCUCCUGGAUAUACAAGGCGCAGCUCUGGAAUGAAACUACUAGUCUAAGGUUCCUCUUUGCUUUUGAUAGAGCUGUGAGCAUGUUCAGAAAGAACCACAUAGAAAGUCAGCAAAUACACAAACCAAAUGAAUGCGUUGAGAUCUUCUUUGUAAUGUCAUGGUUUACGACAGAGAUCUUGCUCAUACACUGCACGUUGAAAUACAUAAUGUCAAUGCUUGGCACCGAAGCAUCUAAAGCCAAAUAUUUCACGAUGAUAAAACAGGUUGAAAUGUACAUGAACCAAAGGAAAUUUCCUCCAAGGAUCAAGAAGAAAAUACUCAAGUUCUAUUCUUUGAGGUUCCAAUCUUGUUUCUUUGAGGAAUCUCGUAUGCUGAGCUGUGUAUCGGGCCAACUCCGGGGCGACAUAAUCAUGCAUACUGGUGGCGAGCUGGUGAGAGAGAUGGAGUUCUUGAAACAGCUGCCUGGCUCAUUGCACCUCCAGAUCUGCAUGAAGCUAAAGCUGGUCAUCUUCAUCGCGGGGGAUAUCAUCUUCAAGAUCAAUACUAUUGGUGACUGUCUUUACUUCAUCCACAAGGGAACCGUAGCCAUUUACUCCGAGUCUGGUCGCGAAGUAUGCCACUUAGAAGACGGGGAUUUCUUCGGAGAAAUAGCCCUAGUUUUAAAGAACAGGUUCCGUACAGCGUCCAGCGUUGCUGUUACCAACUGCGAAUUGUUUAGACUGGACAAGGAGGAUUUUGAAGGUUCCGUCGCGUGCUAUCCCACUGUGUAUGAGUACUUUAAAAAAUUGGCCACAACUAGGUACGAGAGGACUUGCGUGUUGGAUGAACAUCAAAAGGCGGAGUUACAGAUUGUUAGUAAUAGUAAGGUUGUUUAAGUUUUAGAAGUGACACUUCUUCUCUUUCUCUCUAUUAACUGAGCGUAUUCCUGACUACGUUUUCGGCUGUGACGCCUUGAUCCCGGGUGCCGCUAAAAAGAAAUAUUUAGUGAAAUAUUGAAGAUUCGGCGGUGCUUUUAGGACCUGACGUCUACCCCUCUUUGUUGUGAACUGUUAAGUCUUUCGCUUGUCAUCUCCUAUGACAUCCACAUAUUGUAGGGCGGGAACCACACACCAUUAGUGAAACUUUGUGUUUUUUUUUUACUUAAGAAUCUAUUGUGUUUCAACGAAGGAGUAGAAAGGUGGUUACUGUUUAUUUUAUUUAUAAGAACAUGAUGAUAAUUUUAAUUUCGUUGUAAGAUUUAAACAUGCAACAGUUAUGUGCAUUAUUAGUAGUCGUACGAAAUAGGAAGAAUAUUUUAAUGUAGAUUUUAUAACAAAAAGAAUU